GAAGAAGUAAAAUUUCUGGCUGAAGCGGUUAUUCUUAAAAGUAAACAAAGUUUUUACCGGCUGCAUAUUGUUUUAAAUUUAGGUCAUAAAAAUGCUUCCGCUGUCAUUGUUAAGAACUGCCCAGAAUCAUCCCAUGCUUGUCGAGUUAAAGAAUGGGGAAACCUACAAUGGACAUCUUGUAAAUUGUGAUAACUGGAUGAAUAUAAAUCUUAGGGAAGUCAUCUGUACAUCAAGAGAUGGUGAUAAAUUUUGGAGAAUGCCUGAGUGCUAUGUCCGUGGUAGCACAAUAAAAUAUAUGCGCAUUCCGGAUGAAGUUAUUGAUAUGGUAAAAGAAGAAGCAAUAUCUAAAGGACGUGGAAGAGGAGAUAUGAAAAGGGGAGGAAUGGGGCAAAGAGGACGAGGAGGAGGCAGAGGUACAUUUGGAGCUCGAGGUGGUGGAAGAGGUGGUGGUCCAAAUAGAGGUCCUGGGCACAAUAGGCCUGGAGGCCGUCCAAAACCAAAUUGAUAUGCUUAUUUACUAGUUAAAAAAUUUGUAAAUAUUCAUAGAAAUUUCUUUUCACUCAUUUGGCUUCAUAACAAUGUAUUUAAAAUACAUUAUUUGUUAUAUGUUUUGUUUUGUUGACUUGUGAAAAGUAAUAAAUUAUUUUUGGAA